GUCGCUUGUUUUCUUCUCUCUAAAGGAUUUUGGUGAAGAAGGGACCGGAAUAGGCGAUGAAGAAGCCAAGGAAGUCCAAAGCUGGCAAGGAUCCUAACACGGCCAAGAGGCCUCAGAGUGCCUUCUUCGUCUUCAUGGAAGACUUUCGGAAGACGUUCAAGGAAAAGAACCCUAAUAACAAGUCGGUCACAACAGUUGCUAGCUGGAGGAGACAAGUGGAAAUCUUUGACGGAAGAAGAGAAAGCUCCAUAUAUAGCCAAGGCAGCAAUGCUCAAAGUCGAUUACACCAAAACCAUGGCUGCCUACAACAAAGGGCAGAUAAAGGUAAAGGGAAGAUGGAUUAG